AUGCCAGACUUGACCAACGACAAGAUCUUUCCCACAUUCUACACCCUGCCCACAACGACAGACCAAGUCGAGCAGCAGCAAGAUGAACAACGGCCCAAUGACGACGACGACGGCCAUGAUUGGUACAUGGUGGCGCAGGUCAAGAACAACAUGACCAUUACCAAGCCCACGCUCAUUGUGACGGACCGGAGCGGCAUGGACUUUGCCGUCACAUUCGAGGAGGACCGCGGCUGGGACUUGAAGGCUCGGGGUCUGAAAAAGGGCAACGUCAUGGUGAUACCCCGGGCACGCCGACUCGAAAAGGGCCCCGGUCGAAAGGAUGUGCUCGUGGUGGAAAAGCAAGACUGCGAAGCGGUCAAGGCUGGACGAUUCUAG